AGCGGGGUAGUUGUUGAGGGGAUCCAGGAGCAAAUGGGGUCGGUGGCGGGUCUGAAAUCCUAUGCUGGUUGAGAGAGGCUAGGUUUAGAGCCUCCAGCUCCCUCCAAAGCCUGACGGCAUCACUCCCAUCCAAUUUGCAGGGGUUUCAAAUGGAUCUGGAGACAGGAAGCAUCUGUUUUCUUUAAGCCACCACACCUGUUUGAUAUCCAUCCAAACAACAUGUUUUAAAUCGAGGCCGUUUCUAAUUUUUCAUUUUUCAUCAGAAACCCAAAACUCAGCCACAGGUUCAUAAUCAAUGGCCAGUGUAGAAGCCAGAAAAGGAUAAUUUCCAAGAUAUUGUUAGUAGUAACUACACAAUCCUUUUUUCGGAAGAACAACUACACAAUCAAAGAGCAGGUGAUGGAUGCACAGUUCAGUUUCUGAACAAAAGACAAUUCAGAUUGCCCAUGGUCAUCAUUUUGUUAUGAGAUACUAUUACUUACUAGCCAGAGGAAAACCUCAACUUCUGAAGGGACUUGUAUUUUCUAUAUGGGAGAAAUAAAGGCUCGAGUCACUCCCCUGUAAUUAAUGUACAGAGCUGGUUGAGUAAACUCCGCUGUUGGUAUAUCUUUCAGGGCAACCAUGAGAUUCACCAGGUUAAUGCUGGAGGCUCAAGAUUUGUCCUGGGCUAAAAUUUCUUCCAAAGUUAAGCUUGAGAGUAUGGCCAUCCCACGCUUCAGAAUUCGUGGAGCGCUGUUGAUUGCGAAUGUGGUAAAGGGGCCAAUACUGAACAGCUAGGGGGACAGAUGCCAAACCAGGGUCAUGGUUACCAGGUAUCUUCUAAAGGUCAACAGGUCUCAGGUGAUCCAUGGAACAAUAUUCCUUGCCAAAGUUUUCAGCCGAUGCUCAAGUACACUGGAGAUGGAGUUCAACCACCAGUACAAACUUCUAUCAAUUUCAGGGAUAAGCCGUACAGUGGAGGGGAUUGUGUGACAGUCCAAGGAAGCCUCGGGCAGAACGCAAUUUUCUCAGAGCAGAAAAAGAAAAAGAAAAAAAUGGAGGACUUUCCUAGCGUCUUCGUUCUAAAAAAAUGGAGGACUUUCCAUGCAAGAUGGAUAUGUACAUCUCUUUUUUUGGCUUCGCACCCUUUUGCAGGAUGGGUUCAAGUGAACUAGAAUUACAGGGGGGCACAGGAGGAGAAGAAAUAAAGCAAAAAUAACACACACCACAACAUACAAACAGGGGAGAAACAAAGAGGGAAGACACACCCGACACAAUACAAAUCACCACCAGUGAGAUCGAACAGCAUUGGCCAACCAAGACCAAGCCAUGGCACUCCACCAUCGACACAAUCAGAGGCUUCACACAUCUGAGACAACACCACGGCACCACCUGCGUCGAGGGUGCAUUUGAAAGGUCACGCGAGGCCGAGAUGACGCCACGGCGCCUGUGUACCGCAGGCAAAGUUGGCAUUGCCAAGCAGACAAGCCCAUGACACUGUACCAUGGACGCAAAUCGAAAGGCUCCACGCAUCCAAGACUGCACAAUGCCGCGACACCACCUGCGCCGCGGGGCACAUUCGAAAGGUCACGCGAGGCCGAGACGACGCCACGGCACCUGUGUGCCACCGCCAUAGUCGCUUGACAUCGCCAAGCAGAGACAUACCGAGAAGCACGGGAGCAAGAGCAUGAGAACACCGUCAAAGAAGAGCUCAAACCACCGUCGACCCCAACAGGCCGCACCACCACCACAAACUCAUCAGCGUGGCCAGCACGAACUAGGACGUCGGCUUCCAUCUUCAUUUGACCAAGCAAGGUGAAGUGCCUUGACGUUGGCCGUCCGGUUGCCACCCAACCACACCCCGAAAGAGGGGAGGUUGGAACGAGGGAGAUCAGAUGUAGGAUUAACCUCGCCAACCCAUCUUCGGAUGAAAAAUCAGUCCCACUUCAUGGCAUGGCUAGGCCCAGAACACGAAGACAGAACACCACCCCCUCCUCUGUCAUCGCCCACACAUACCACCAACGAAACCACCUCGAGCCACCGAUCACCCUAGCAAGGCAAGCUCAAAGACGAAGCCCCAUGUGGCGAAUGUGACGUUGAGCGUUACCAUCGCCUGAUCCGAAAGACCCGGGAUCCAAAGUUUCCUCCGGAGCAAACAUGAGGAAAGACGAGCACACUACAGAAAUGGUUCUUGUUAUUUAUUAACUAACAUUGAAAGGGGAUCCCUAGGUGCCAAGGAAAAGUAUGUCCAUGAUAACACUACAUGCAGGCCCUUACCUUACUUUUUUUAAAGGAGGAUGAACCCCCCCCCCCCUCUGCAUCUGGGAGAUGCAUGCAGCCACUUAUUAAUUAUUCAUAAAUACCUUACAAAGUAAUACAUCUAUAUGUCUGAAGCCGCCAUCUUGGCAACAUCUGUCGCUACUCCUAUUCGUUGAUGAAGGGGUGCAGAAAGUGUGAGCCGAAUACCCAGACCCUCACCUAAGCCUAACAUCUAAAGCCGGAGGCCCCAACCAAGCCACACACUAGGUCUGGGGCACAGACCGGUCCGACGUACUCUCACAGGUCGUCGCCGCCGUCUUCCAUCGAUCCAUCUUCAGAGCAGAUACUGACGCAUCGACCUUACCGGGCCUGCUGUCGACGCCACCACGGCUCCAAAAAACACCUCCUCCCUACACGUGUCCAUCAUCACACAUCUGUCGACGAGGCCCUGCCACGCCACGCCGCUGAGACUCCACGUCGUCGAUGCGUCACAUGGAACGCCGCUCCACCGCAGAUGUCGUCCAAUGGUCCCUCGAGCCUAUGCAUACCUCCAAGAAUGACGCCCCCAAGAGGGAUACAUCACAAGAGUGUCGCUGUCAUCUAUUCGACCGAUCUAGGGUUUCCCCUGUUGGGUUUCGUAGUAAUUUCAAAAAAAAAUUCCUACGCACACGCAAGAUCAUGGUGAUGCAUAGCAACGAGAGGG